UGAAACGCGCGUGUAUUGUACAGUGAUUCGAAGGCACUUUGUUGUGUAAACGAAUUAUGAGUGAUAUAAUUUACUGAUGGUAGCAUUAAAAUCUGGCAUUCAGAGUUAUUCUUAUAUUUUGGAAUGUGAGGCUAGCUUUUACGUAGACAUGAUUUCAAUUGUUGCAAAAUUAUCUAGGUACUUACUAGGUUCCACAGAUUCGGAAUUAGAAACUUCAGAAAAAGAUUUUAGUGUUGUUGAUCUUCUGUCUUCAUUAGAGCAGAAUGCAGCCAGUAAUGAAUCGUGUGCUCCUUCAGAAAUUGAGUGUAGUGUUGUACAAGACCUUUCCAAAGACAGUUGUUGCUGUUACAGAGUGGGAGUAGUAACUCAUGUACAUUCGGAUUAUGCCCUGAUUGAUGAUGAGGUGUAUUGUGAUUUAAAAGAUCCUGCAUACCGCAAUAUAAAGGUCGGAAACAAAUUGGAAUAUCUUGCCUUCCGUUUAAGGCCGUCGGACGAAUGGAGAGUUAAGAAAAUUUACUCUAUACAAGAAGAAAACUGGGAAAAUUCUGAGCCAUUAAUUGAAAAACGAGAUACCCUGUCGAGGAGUAUUGUUGGACAAGUAAUGAGCAGAGAUGGCAGAAAUGUCAUUAUAUCAGAUAAAUUCAAAUUUAGCUUGGAUGACGUCUCUUGUGACUUCAUACCAGUUGAAGGAGACUGGAUACUAAUUGAUGCUCUUGUUGAAUUGGAUGGUAGUAUAGCAAAUUUGGAAGGAGAAAUUUUACACUUAUUUUCCGUACGAGCGUUGCGAUCACGUAUUGUCACCGGACGCAUAACAAAUUACGAAAGUACAGGUGAUGGUCUCGUGGACAAGUCGAUAUAUUUCAGCAAGGAAGUCUGUGAACCAGGUUACGUACCUGAGUUACGUGACGAAGUUAUAGUUGAGGCGAUUGAAAGUACAAAGCAGUCGGUAUUGUGGCGUGCUCUUAGUGUUGUCCCAUUGCAUACAAGCAACACAGGACAACACAACUACAACAAAAGUAAAGCAGAACAGAAGAAACCUGUUUUGGAGUCAAUCUCUGUAAAUGGUGUCACCGUUACUCCUGCUGUUCUACAAUCUGGCGAACUGAAGAUAGGCGAAGAAAAAGAAGUCUCAGUUACUUUGCUGAACACUGGACAAACAAAACAGGUAGUGAAAUUUUGUCAAUUUUUAAGUCAAAAGUCAUGGUCACAGCUUCGUUUGAAGUCUCCGAGUAUUGAUAAGCUAAUAGUGUUGCACCCUGGAAAAAGUUUUUCCUAUUAUUUUAUUUGCCAUGGAAGAUAUGCAGGUUGCCACACAGAGAAAUUCAGAUUUGUUUUUAAGGGCUUCAAAAUAGAGAUUGCAGUGGAAGUGAGGGUGAGAGAUGAUUCACAGAGUAAUAAUAUUAGAAAUUCACAGUCUGGUAAAAUGAAAUUUGACACAUUAGAUGCAAUCAAACGAGAGAAUGAUGUAAGUGGCAGAUUGCUUAUUACAGGUGUGAAGCCUAAGAAGGCACCUCCUUUUGUGCCUGUUCGAAUAGGUCAAUACAUAGUGCCAAAAUAUCUUUGGCAGUUUGUUUAUACAGUUGAAAGUCAAAGAAAAAGUGGCAUUGAACGAAGUGAAAGCUUAACAAGUGUUGUUCCAUAUUUAUCUGACAUUCUCAGUUUUAUAAAUUACAGUGACUUUUUCCACACACUGUUGCACCUGGAAGAAAUUUCAGAAACAAUUAAGAUGAGGCAGUAUGACCUAAAAAAUGUGACCUUCAGGAUUACUGGCCCAGGUGCAGAAUUCCUAGCACUAGAAGUUCCUGGUUUAGCCGAGAAAAGACCAUCCCUUCUUGUUGGUGACAAAGCUAUUGCUGGGCUAAGUUCAAACAAAGGAAUGGAAUAUGAAGGAUUUGUUCAUGAAGUUUACCAGAGAGAAGUUUGGUUGAAGUUCAAUAAAAAUUUUCACCUCGCAUAUAAUGGAGAAGAAUAUGAUGUAACGUUUCGAAUAAGCCGUAGUGGAUACAUGAGAUGUCAUGCUGCAGUUGAUCUUGCAGUUAAAAACCUUGGUUCUGACAUGCUCUUCCCAACAACAGUUACUCUAAAAUCACCACAGCUUCAUAUUGAUGAUGAUGAUGAUGAUGAUGAUGAUGAAGGGCAGCACCAGAAGAGAACUUCCAGCACUUCUAGUACAAAGGAUAAAAUUGAUUUUGCAAGGCGUAAAAUACAGUGGUUUAAUAGAAAUCUAAAUAUUUAUCAAAAGAAAGCAAUAAAAUGUAUUUUAAAAGGAGAAGCCCGUCCCCUUCCAUAUGUAAUAUUUGGUCCACCAGGAACAGGCAAAACAGUCACACUGGUAGAAGUUAUUCUUCAAAUAUUUCAUCUGAUACCUGAUAGCAGAUUGGUUGUUGCUACGCCAUCAAAUAGUUCUGCUAAUCUUGUGGCUCAGCGAUUACUGGAGUCAGGUUUGCUCCAACCUGGCGAUAUGGUAAGACUUGUGGGUUAUCGGUACCUGGAGGAAGGUGGAAUGCCUGAGGAUCUCAUUCCUUACUGUCUCUGUGCUGAAGUAGAACAAUCACAUCUGAUGGGAAGACAUCGGAUUACUGUAGGUACUUGUGUUGCACUUGGCCAGUUGUUCAUUGCAGGAUUACCUCGUGGCCAUUUCACACAUGUACUGGUGGAUGAGGCUGGACAAGCACUUGAACCAGAACUGCUUAUUCCUGUUGCGGGAUGCCUUGAUAAGAAGUUGGGUCAGGUGGUGCUGGCAGGUGACCCGCAACAACUGGGCCCUAUAGUAUCAUCAGCUGCAGCCAAGGAAUAUGGGCUUGGCGAGUCAUACUUGUCUCGUCUCCUACACUGCCCCCCUUAUUUGCGAGACACAGCUGGGUUUCCUGGCACAGGUUAUAACCCCCGACUUGUAACAAAGUUACUGUACAAUUAUCGUUCACUGCCUGAGAUUCUUGAAGUGCCUAACAAAAUGUUCUACAACAGUGAGUUAAUUGCUCAGAUAUCUGAAAAAGAAAGCAAUGAGGCAAAACUUCUGGCAUCAGUUGAGUCUAUACUGCCAUCGCGUUCAUCACCACCUGCAGUUGUAUUUCAUGGUGUUAUUGGCACAAACUAUCAGGAUGCUGAAUGUCCAUCAUGGUAUAACCCAGAGGAAAUUGUCAUUGUAACUUCCUACAUCCAAAAACUUUACAAAUUGGGUCUGACCGCUGAUCAAAUUGGAGUCAUCACACCAUAUCAAAGACAGGUUAAACGACUCAGAGAUGUUCUUAAACAGUUGGAAACAUAUAUUCCUAAAAUUGGCUCAGUAGAAGAGUUUCAAGGUCAAGAACGCAUGGUGACUAUUCUCUCAGCAGUUCGAAGUAAUGCAUAUCAUAUUGAAGAUGACAUUAGGCGUGCACUGGGGUUUGUUUCAUCACCACAGAGAUUAAAUGUGGCUAUUACAAGGGCACGAGCUUUGCUGGUAGUUGUAGGAAAUCCAGUUCUCUUAGCACGUGAUCCAUUCUGGCGAAUUCUGGUAUCAUUCUGUAUCAGCAGAAACUGUUAUAUUGGAUGUGAUUUGCCAGUGAGUAUUCAGAACAUGUGUGAUGAUCAGUUAGACAACACAUAGUUGUUAUUGAGUUCAAAAGCUUUGUUCUCCCAUAUGAAAUGUUUGGCCAGUACUGUACAACCAGUGUGCAGGAUUGUUCUUGAUUUCUAACAAAUAUGUAAAUACAGGAUAAGUAUAUGACUUGAAGUGGCACUGUGCUGCCAUAUGUGGAAAAUGCGUGUCAGACCCAUGUACUGAGAAACAGUGAUGAACCAUUUUUUGUUAGCAUUAACAGAGAGAUAAUUUAAAGCUUUUUUCGUAAUUUUUAUACUUUGAAGCCAGUUGCCAGACUGGAAAGAUUUAACUGUCAUUUUAAUAUAAUUACAGUGAUGACUUAUCAAUUACUGAUCUGUAUCUGUCCAAGUUCCUCAAAUUUUCAUUAUUUACUUCAGUUCCUUAUAUACUUUUUAACUAUAAGAUGCAGCUUCUCAUGCUUUGUCUGUGAUUUGAUUAUUUUUGUUAGUAGUUUCAUAUAUUCUCAAGCAUGGCAUGUAAGUUGGCAACAUUAAUUUUACUUUACAAUCCAUAAACAAUUUGAACUUUGUCAGUAUGUUUGAAGAAUAUUACUUAAAAUAAUGAUUUGUUGUAUUGUGUAUAGGGUAUCAGCAGAGUUAUAAGCAUUUAUACUAGCAAAGUAAGUGUAUAAUUUGCAGUCAUUCAUUCAUGCAUAUGUUCACCGUGUUUCUUAGAACUGAUUAUAAAUGAGAACCUUCUUCAUGAAUGUGAAUCAAGUUAUAGUCAAUAAUGGAGUAAGCAACCAUCUGUUAGCAUUAACAGUUUAUUUAUUCCUGCCUUCAUCAACACAUGUAUAAUAGGUGAUGCUUUCAAGAAUUUCCAUUUACUUAAAUUGCCUCUCACACAAAUAGCCUGAACUAAGAAGUAAUUAUUUACAUCUCGAUAAACAAAUGAAUAGGUAGAUAUUCUAAGCAAGCAAAUUUCAAAAUAUAUAAAUCUUUCAGCUUCUAACUUGUCUAAACCUCUUUCAUCAUACCUGUACUAAGAAAUAUAUGGAUAAAAGAAUCCAAAGUAUGACACUCAUAGUCAUUAGUGCCCAGCAACUGUUACCUUCCACAUUCUUAAUACGUUCAUUCAAUUCUGAUGUAGAAUCAAUCAUUGUUAUCAUCAUCAGUUUUCUGCCCUGUGAGCAGCUUCUUGCUGUACUCAGUUUUUGCGACUGAUUGCUUGCUUCUUCAGGUUGGUAUAUUUGCAUCCAUUGAGUAGAUCGUCAGGAUUUCAGUCCUUUCUGUAUCUUCCCUUCCUCAUAUCCUUCUAAAAUGAUUUUAAAAUUCCUUCACAGUUUCUCAGUACAUACCAUGUCCAGUUUCAUCUUCUACAUUCAGCUACAUCCUGUAAUUGUAUGUAUUCUACCACUCUCUUCAGAACCUAUUCAUUUAUCACAGUUUCACCCAUUUUAUUUUUUCUAUUAUCCACUGUAUGCGUAUUUCAAAAGCAUCAAGCCUGUUCCUGCCUUUCUAUCUAUGGUCCACGUUUCAGUAUGGUGCCGUAGAAUACCCUAGACAAAAUAUUUCUUUUUCCAAUCUUUUCCUUAAUCUCAUUUCAAUACCACUGCAGAAAAUCCUGCAUUUGUUAGACAGUGUCAGUAUUGCUGAAGUAUUCAACUCUGACUUGAAUGCUCUGAUUUCUUUACAAACUGAAGCACAGUAUAUAGUAAGUGAAACAGUUUGUAAUCUAUAAAUGUCGACUCAUAGUCCACUAGGGUGAAAAAUAGAACAGUAUAGCUUAAUCAGAAAGUACAGCAGACCAAGCUAACUCAUCAUAUCCAAUUACAAAGCCUUCCAAAUCAGCAGUCCUGUAGAAUCUAUGUCCACAUGCUAGGGCAGGCUUUCAUGAUCAGUCAGCCAGUGUCACAAGGUGCUAGACAAUUCAGAGUGAGCUGACAAGGAUAAUGCAGCUCCCUAAAUACUGUCCAUGCACUGUAACUGAGGGCACCACAGCACAUGUUGCAAGCACCUCAGAGAGUGCAUGGUGCUGUGUCUUGUGCUUGUGUACUGUUGCUUACAGUUGUAUCUUGCGAGUGCCACAUAGCAGUCACCACAGCGUCUUGUGAGUGCCACCUUCCGGUGACUAUGGUGUCUUGCAAGUGCCAUCUAGUGCUGGAUGCAGUAUCUUGUGAGUGCCACCAGUGUAGGCUGCAGUAUCUUGUGAUGCCCCCAGCACAGGCUGCAGUAUCUUGUAAGUGCCAUUAGUGUGGCCACAGUAUCAUGCGAGUGCCAACUAGUGCUGGCCACAGUAUCUUGUGAGUGAAAGCUACCACUGACUGGACUGUUGCCACCAGUUGUACGGUCUCUAUACCAGUAUCUGAGAGGGAGCCUGAAUUGUCGUUAGGCCGGUAUUCGAGAUCCCCCCCCCUGCCCCCAUCAAACAGGAAUGAGGGAGGUUUGUAGAUGACUGCUCCAGGGCAAUGCUGGAGCUUAUGCUGUGGAAACAGUAUAUGAGGGUGGUCCUAAUACAGAGGAUAGGGUGUAUUGCAUGGUGAAGUUGAUUGGCAUUAGCAUUGGAAGUUCACUCCUUUGGCAUCUAGCUCAAAGAACAUUUUGCCAUUGGUAUCAUUAAAUGUGCCCAUGAUCCAGUAUGGCACCCAGCGAUAGUUGUGGGGCUGUGACAUUACUGGCUUUAUCACAAACUGUAUUUCAUACAAGCCAAAACUUGUGAGUUGUCGCGUGUCAAAACAUAUUGUACGACCACACUCAGCUAGUCCCUUUACCUCAUUGCAUCAACCAACAAGAGAACCAAAUUUUGCUUGUGGAGGGUAGUCAGAUGUUUUAAGAGUAAUCAUAGGAUCAGGUUGAACACUGUCACACUAAGUUAACCUCGCUGAAAUAAAUUACUUUCUGAACAGUCAUGCCGCAUUGUGCGUAAACUUGCAGCACAAACCACAGACCAGCACAGAAUGGAGCAAAGUGUUCGCAGGUGUGCAGCAAUGUUUCAGUGUGUGUGUGUG